GUUACUACUAGUAAGGCACUUGUUACUAAUAGCUUCUUGUUACUGUGCCACCGUUUGAGCACAAUGAUAAACCCAUCCAUCACCAUCCAUCACGAUCGUGAGCAUCCAAAGCACCGAGUAAGGUACCAACUAGGACAGCAUUGCAGUGAGAAGAAACCGGUCGCAAGCUGAAGUAAGCUCCGAAGAUGAAGUAGAUGAUAUGCAGACAAAGCUGAGGCAACAUGCUUUAGUAGCUAGAAGCUACUAGGUUGGAGGCCAUCGCUAUUAGGUUGGAGGCCACUACUACCAGUAGCUAGAAGCUAGUACUAAAGGCAUCGCUACUAUUGAGCAAGGCAGUGGUGGAGCUUUGUAUGCACGAAGCCAAACAAGCUCCACACACAUUGAAAUGGGGUUGCAAACAGGCGGCCAAUCCUAAAUCGAGUGGAACUGCAGUUCUCCCAUUUUCCUUUUCCCGUCCGUUUGCAAUUGUACAUUACAAUUGCCCAGCUGCACUCCAUCACCAGUGUUUUGGGCACGUGAUGCCACAACGGACUGACGUGUUCUCGUGUUGACAUUCAGCAGGCAACCGAGCACAAUGGCGGCUUAGAGCACAAUCUUGACGGGACACCUUCAUUGCAAACUCUUGAUUAUCCAGACCGGCGUGGUGCACUUUCCUUAAUGGACCUCUUUUUUCAUUUCCUUUCAAUUCUGUUCGUUUUCAGGCCUGGCCCUUCCCGUUGUUACAUUGCUGGAUACUUUCAGCUUACUUGAAAAGGAAUCUUGCCUACAGAUCUUUAUAUUGAAGUGCCAUCCGUAAAUUUCUGACGAUUUCUGUUUCUUGAGAUCUUGUUCCAUGCCCAGCUUCUAGUGGCCUCAAAACUGCACAUGCUUUCUGCAGGUUGCAGUUGGUUGACUGCAGAUGCUCUUCCAGGAGCAGCUAAGUUCCGUCUCAGAGGCUGAAAGUGCCAAACGGGCCUUGCAAAAUGAAUGUGAUGAUUGUGAUGAUGCUGCCCUGGAGCUCUUGCAUCUCCGUGCUGGAAAAACUGCAACGGGUGGGGCAGACUCGACAGAGACAGAGACAGGCACUGCGGAAUCGGCCGAUGAUUCACGAUGGAAAAUCUUUGGUAUCAACAUUUGCUUUGGCUGUGGGACAUGCUGCAAUUUGAAUAACGACGCGCUUUGCUGCUCCGCUGACAGUCAAUGUAGCUUUGUGAAUGGUUCUGCAGCCUGUGAAGCCCCUGCUCUUGGACGAGACAUCGAUAUCGGUGGCACAUAUGGCUCAAUUACUACAGGAGAUGUCACGAUUGGAACACCCCACGGUAAACAUGGCAAGUGUGGCGGCUGCCGAAAUUGCUGCCGCAGUCAUGUUCGCAAGGGAGGCCAGGAUAGCUAUCAAGAGGUAUGCUGCCCUUCAGAUACCACGUGCCAGUAUGAGGGAAAUAAGGUGUCAUGCGUUCACGGGAGUCGAGGAGGCGGAGCAGGCGGUGGAGACAUCCACAUUGGCGGCCAUUAUGGGUCAGUUCACACGGGCAACCUGACGAUUGGAUGAAGCUGUGAUACGACGACAAAGCGCGCAACGAAGAUUCAAGGCUAGUCACAGUCCUGCCGCGCUGCCCCUUCAAGUACGCUCAGACUCUGAGAGUUUUGACAUUUUGACUGUGGCAUCUGCGGAUGGCCACAGACGGAUGGCCACUAUAAGCCUCUAUGCCAGUGACCUUGAACUUGAGAGGAACGUUAACAGAUGUGCCAGAGGCGAGAAGCAUUUCACCAAGUCACUAUUCUGGUUAAAGAACUCAAGGGUUUGGUAUGUUCAAGUUCCGAUUGAGGUUCCAAAUCCAGUGUUCCUGUUAGAGCUCGUCACAUAUGCCAAAGUGCAUACGAGCAGUCGAUGGUUCCAUGCGAACAGUUUGAAGUAGUCCUUUUGCCAAGAUAAUGUUUUGUGGUGAAGGGCGGAAAAGAGGGCGAAGAUAGCUGAAUGGGGUUUCAAGAGCAUCAUUUGUUUGCAUGUCAACAUGGACAGCUUGUGGAGAGGUUUAAGUUUAGGCUAGACUGCUAGACUCAGCUCCCUGAGGAGUCUUGUGACCAAUCAGAGGAGUUGACGAUUGACCUUGGCUAAUGAUCGGAAGACCUCUUGGACGUGAGAUUGAGCGGACGC